AUGCACCGUAAGGCCCGUAUAUAUAUACUAUUCUGUACGCAGAAUCAACUGUUGGUUGAUUAUUCACACCUUUUUGGUUGUGUUGGCGCAGUGGUACAGAGACCGGACAUUGACGUCCAAGGAAAAUCUUCUGAGGAAAUCAGCCUCCAUAUCAGGAGAUUCUGCUGGUGUUGUUCGCUGAUGGGAUUACGCGGUAGGAUGUUCUUCAUCAAGACAGCGUUUGACUCUCUUGUUCCUGAUAUCCUGGAGCUUGUUUACUCUGUCUGUCUGCCAAGUAAAGUCAACAUUGUAAUGAAUUUUUCUUCGUCUAUUUAUCUAUUGUUGAUAGUAAUUAGCAAGCACGAUGAAAACCGAAUUUAUAGGGCUAAUGGAUCUGGACUGUUAAAUAUUUGUGCGAAUCUGUUAAGAUUCAACUUCCAACCAUUUCUUAAACAAAGGGGAAUUCAUGCAUUCGACCAGUCACCUCUUCUGCGGGGAAUUGAUAUGGGCAUAACUGCUCAGUAUAAAAAUGCUCUCACCCUCUACCUAGAAUGUCAGCGCUGUUUAAGCAUUGAACAAUUGCCCCAAGAGGCUCCAGCAAAAGCAUCAAGCUGCUUAAGCGGUUUUCCGUGCGGGUGUCGCAUCAUCUUGUACACCAACGGAUUCUGCUCCCCAGUCCGUGUUUCGUAG